AUGACCCCAGGGCCGGUUGGGAGCGCCGUGGUACCUGUCCCAGGAAUGGAACCGCUAGUUGGGAAUGGAGCAGAUGAGAGGGAGAAUGCACUUGAUAAUGGGCUCGAAAUUCCUGUGCCAGUGACUGAUGUGGGCGACCCUGUGCCGGUAAUUGGAUACGGCGAUGUCGCGUUUGGAAGAGGGAACGCUCCUGAGGUCGAUGCUUCACUGAUUGGGCUCGUGCCUGUACCAGUAGGGCCUGGCAAGCCUGAUGUUGAAUUCGUCAAGGGGAAUGGGGCAUUCGAAGCUUCUGAGCUGCUGGUAGAGGGCGGGCCGCUCGAAGCUCCAGUCCCAAGAGGAGCACUACUGCUCGGAAGGGGACUUAUAGGCAAGUCAGUGCUCGUCAACGGAAUACCACCGGUUGCUGAAGGUCCUGUAGCACUAGGAAGUGUCGUGGUUGAGUUCGGGAAAGGAUAUGGCCCUGAUGAGUUACUAGGUGCCAAUGAGCUCAGAGGUAAAGCAGAAGUACCAGUACCAGGAGCUGUAGAACCACCCGUGGGGCCUGCUUCUGAGGUUGGUGCACUACUUAUCACGGACGGGCCGGUUCCCAGAGGAGCCGUGCUUGCGCCAGACCCAGGCACAGGAGUUGUGCUAGGAAGACUGGAUCCGUAUCCAGUGGUUGAGCUCAGAGGAGCUGACGCGGUAAAAUUGCCCAAGGGCGCUGAGCUUGACAUAAGCGGUGCGGAACCGGAAGAAACUGCUCCUGAUGGCAGGGUACCUGUUUCGGUGGCCGGCACAGUACUGUUUGUGAGUGGGAAAGGAACCGAUGGGGAGCCAGGAGUAGAGGUCGGUAGCGCCGAGCCGAUAGGGCCUCCAGUUCCCGUAGAUCCUGGUACUAACGGAGUGCCUGUACCAAAACCGGCUCCGGUGGAACUGGGGAUAAUUCCAGAUGAGUUGGAUACCGGAAAUGGGGCUGAGAGAGAUGACUCUUGGGAAGUGACUGAUCCCGUUGUGCUUGACCCAGUAGGACCCGUAAGAGGUAUAGAUGAGUUUGUGACAGGGAAAGACGCAAAGGAGGAUCCUGAUGGUAAGAUGCUCCCGGACACAGGGGGCGUGAAGCCAGUGGUAGGUGCGCUCGUGGGACUGGAACCGGUACCCGGCAAUGUAGUUCCGAUGUACGAACUCAACGAUAUUGGCACAGAAGCACUUGUACCGGAGGGCGGUGUUAACGUUCCAGAUGGUGGUAAGCCCGAGCUUGAAUUUGAUGCAGGGAAUGGCGGAGAGCUAGAGCCCGAGGGCAAGGUGCUACUGCUGGAAGGGCCAGUAGCUGUGCUAUUAGCUGAGAUUGGGAGAGGAGCUGACGUCCCCGACAAGCUCGAUGAAAAGCUUGGGAGGCUUGAGCCACCGGAUGCUGGGAAGGACGUUGCCGCAGACGUCGGAACACUCGAGCCAGUGGGACCGAAGCUGGGACCUGGGCUCGAAGAGUUGGUGAAUGGAAAAGGUUCCGCUGUAGCGAGUGAUGUAGAACUGCUUGAUUCGCUGCUAGGCGGUACUGUUGCUGCCCCAGUGCUUGAAUUUGAGAGAGAUGAGCUUUCGGGGCCAACACUGAUGCUGAUGGAGAUCACUGGACUAGGUGAGGUCGAUGAUGUGGUACUUCCUGACGUGGGGUUCGCCGUUUCUGAGGCAGAAUUGGCUGAUGUAGUAGAUACUGUUGAUGUGGUGUUGCGUAAAGAUGUUGAUGCUAGCGUGGUUGUCGUGGAAUUCAAUGUAGGCGAUGCAGAAACACUACCUGAAAUUGAUAGAGACGAGCCAGACGACAAUGGUGCAGAGGAGCUGUAA